AUGCGUCUCCUCGCACUUCUCCCUGCCCUCCUUGGACUCAUAUCCAAUCACCUUGUCUGUGCGACGGAUAAUGGCAAGACGACUGAUGUGACGUGGGAUACAUAUAGCCUCUCAGUCAAAGGAGAAAGGGUGUAUGUGUUCUCCGGUGAAUUCCAUUACCAGCGACUCCCCGUACCGGAGCUCUGGCUUGACGUGUUUCAGAAGCUACGCGCAAAUGGAUUUAAUGCGAUUUCUGUCUACUUUUUUUGGAGUUUCCACUCCGCUUCCGAAGAUACUUUCGACUUCGAAAACGGCGCCCAUGACGUCCAGCGCGUGUUCGAUUAUGCGAAGCAGGCGGGUUUGUAUGUGAUCGCACGCGCAGGACCAUAUUGUAACGCCGAGACCUCUGCCGGCGGUUUCGCACUAUGGGCAUCCAACGGUCAAAUGGGCAGCACGCGCACCAGCGCAAGCUCUUAUUAUGAUCGAUGGUAUCCAUGGAUCCAGAAGAUUGGAAAGAUCAUCGCGGCAAAUCAAAUCACAAAUGGUGGUCCGGUCAUUCUCAAUCAGCACGAGAACGAGUUGCAGGAGACAAUUCACAAUGCCGAUAACACCGUUGUCACGUACAUGGAACAAAUCCAAGCCGCUUUCAGCGAAGCCGGCAUUGUUAUCCCGAGCACACACAACGAGAAGGGAAUGCGCUCUAUGAGCUGGUCGACGGACUACCAAGAUGUGGGGGGUGCCGUCAAUAUCUAUGGUCUGGAUUCCUAUCCUGGUGGUCUGUCCUGCACCAACCCAAACACGGGGUUCAAUCUCGUCCGUACUUAUUACCAGUGGUUCCAGAACUACUCGAGUUCUCAGCCCGAGUACCUGCCGGAGUUUGAGGGCGGUUGGUUCUCUGCCUGGGGAGGGACUUUCUACGAUCAAUGUUCGACCGAACUGUCGCCGGAAUUUGCCGACGUCUACUAUAAGAAUAACAUCGGAUCCAGAGUCACGUUGCAGAAUCUCUAUAUGGUGAUGGGGGCAACUUCUUGGGGACACAGUGCUGCCCCGGUUGUCUAUACUUCGUACGAUUACUCUGCGCCCCUGCGGGAGACCCGUGAGAUUCGGGACAAGCUCAAGCAGACCAAGUUGAUUGGUCUGUUUACUCGUGUGUCGUCGGGUCUUCUCAAAACGGAAAUGGAAGGGAAUGGAACGGGAUACACUAGCGAGGCGAGUAUCUAUACCUGGGCCUUGCGGAACCCGGAAACCUAUGCUGGUUUCUAUGUUCUGGCGCACGCUACAAGCUCGUCUCGUGCUGUGAUUACCACUUCGCUUAAUGUCAACACUUCAGCUGGAGCCCUUACAAUCCCCAAUAUUGAGUUGGCCGGCCGCCAGAGCAAAAUUAUUGUCACUGACUACCAGAUCGGUGAUGGCUCGAGCUUGCUUUAUUCAUCCGCCGAAGUUUUAACAUAUGCCACCCUCGAUGUAGAUGUCAUUGUUUUCUAUCUGAAUAUCGGACAGGUUGGAGAGUUUGUCUUCAAAAACGCACCGACCAAUGUGACUUUCCAAACAUACGGCAAUUCGAAAGUGAGCUCUGCCACAUCGGAUCAGGGGACCAAAUACACUUAUCCUCAAGGAGACGGCACAACAGUGCUGAAAUUCUCGCAUGGUGUAUUAGUCUAUCUUCUCGCUAAGGAGACAGCGUGGAAUUUCUUUGCAGUCCCUACUACUUCCAAUCCGCUUGUGGCGCCCAGUGAGCAAGUUCUUGCCCUGGGGCCAUAUCUCGUCCGCACAGCCAAUGUUAGCGGGGACACCGUCAGUCUUGUUGGUGAUAACGCAAACACAACAUAUCUGGAGGUCUACACGGGUAACUCAAAUGUCACCACAAUCAAGUGGAAUGGCGAGGAGAUUUCAACCACGAAGACAGCCUACGGCAGUUUGAUCGGAUCAGCCCCAGGAGCCCAGGAUGCUCCGAUUUCACUGCCGACCCUGAAUUCAUGGAAAGCGCAAGAUACCCUUCCAGAGAUCCAGCCCGACUAUGAUGACUCUCGCUGGACCGUCUGCAACAAAACCACCUCGGUCAAUUCCAUAGCACCCCUAACCCUUCCCGUGCUUUACUCUGGUGACUACGGCUACCAUGCCGGAACGAAGAUCUACCGGGGACGGUUCGAUGGUGUGACCGCGACAGGCGCAAAUCUCACCGUUCAGAAUGGCGUAGCGGCUGGCUGGGCCGCCUGGCUAAAUGGAGUCUACGUGGGCGGAGCCAUUGGCAAUCCCGCCCUAGCCGUGACAUCGGCGGAACUCCUAUUCAACAGCUCCACCCUGCGCAAGACAAACAAUGUCCUGACCGUUGUCAUGGAUUACACCGGCCACGACGAGGCUAAUGUGUCACCGAAUGGCGCCCAAAACCCUCGUGGCAUAUUGGGUGCGACGCUUCUUGGCGAUAAUUUCACGUCCUGGCGCAUCCAAGGCAAUGCGGGAGGCGAAGCCAACGUCGACCCCGUCCGUGGACCCAUGAAUGAAGGGGGUCUCUAUGGCGAACGUCUGGGCUGGCAUCUCCCCGGAUACACCGCGUCCGAUAUGGCCACCGCAGACAGUCCCCUAGAUGGUGUAUCUGGUGCCGCAGGCCGAUUCUACACGACGACCUUCACACUUGAUUUGGACUCCGGCCUUGACGUUCCGAUUGGUCUGCAGCUGGGUGCAUCUGAGUGCCCCGCAGUUGUCCAGAUCUUCAUGAAUGGGUACCAGUUCGGUCAUUACCUGCCGCACAUCGGUCCCCAGACUAGAUUCCCUUUCCCGCCCGGGGUGAUCAACAACAGUGGGGAGAAUACAUUGGCGAUUAGUUUGUGGGCGCUGACGGAGCAGGGGGCGAGACUACAUCAGGUGGAUCUGGUUGCAUAUGGGGCUUAUCGCACUGGAUUCAAUUUCAACCACGAUUGGUCCUACCUGCAGCCACCAUGGAAGAACAACCGGGGACAAUAUCGAUGA